UUGGGGUCCGUCCGCCAAAGAUAGAUAUCUCAAAAUAGUUCAAAGGGGGGACCCUUUGGGUCGGCAGGGGGUCGAAUGAGUUCUAUUAACAUGAAUGGUUUCAAUGUGAGUUUUCUCAGUUGCAAUUCAAUAGAACUCCGAAGGGGAGGGGGACUGAAAAAGAGGCUUAGGAAAAGGAGGAGAUAGAAGAACGUCGAGGAGAGACCGGGGAAUCUCAAGACGAUUUGAAGAAGCAACGGAGAAAUAGUGGAGGAGGAGCUGGAAAGGGUCUCAAGUCCAGGAACCACUCGCAAUCUACGAUGAAUACAGUGAGGUUUAAAGAGGCCAGCGAAAAGUCCUCAAAAACCAAGAAAAGUAGAGCAAACAGCAUUGAGAUCCACACAAUGCACGGACGAGCGGAAGUGAAGGAGGCACCCACCAUCCUCGUCAACAGUGAGAGCAACAGAAGGCUGAGCAGCAAAGGGGCCAAAACUAACACUGAGAACAGAACAACCACUAAAGAGCCCGGUGCAACUGUCAACACCGUCGUAAAACAGGAUGCUCGAGGCGGUACCAAACCUACUGCCAAACCUACUACUAAAGAAUCGAAAGCUGUACGAACUGCGGGUAGCUAUGGUCUAAAUGUAGGACCCGAUUUAAGCAAGAACAGUCCCAGCAACUCCGGAUCUAAUCUCGGAGACUACCGAAUGCUACCAGAUCAUAAUGAAAGUCAGCUAAAUUCAAAGGCUUCGAAGGAGUUAAAGAGCGGAGAGGUUGGAAAAGCUUCGCCAACAGGGUCGAAAGUUCCGACUACAAGCGAAAGUGGCCCCCGCCAGCUGUUGCACAUUGCACAAGAGGAAGAAGUUGUGAAUCCUCGCUACAGAAUCAUUGAAUACGACGAGAAUCUCCAGGAGUUCAGAAAGAUUGACGUCAUCAACCCAUGAUGACGUCAUUAACGAAUAUCGACGCAAUCGUCCCAUAAUGACGUCAUCAUCUCAUGAUGAAAUCAUCAGCCCAUAAUGACUUCGGCGGAGCCUAACUACUUUGCUGAGUUAUUCAAACACUGAAAAUUGCGUAGCGAUAAUUUGUAAUAUUUACCAGUUUAUUGGAGAAGAAUUCUGAAAUGUCAUAAGAAUUAUA